ACAAAACACGCGGAAAGCAAACACGUGAAAUAUCUCUCAUUUUGGAAUCCGGCUCUGAACGUUCACUUUAAUACACCCAAAGAAACGCAGCCACAUCCACGGGUCGGUGCUCCUUCGUCUCUUCUCCUAAUGCUGUCUUAGUCGGAUUCAGACUGAAACAUACGGAAUGUGCGUAAAGAGCCGCUUAUGCUGGACGCAAACUGCUCUGCCCAGCGGGCGCCGUCGCGUUUGCUACCUGCGUUCCUCUCCAAGGAUGAUAAGGCGCAUCGAUGCACUCGUCCCCGACCUCGUUCCUCCGUGCCAUAAUUAUAACACCAUUUUUUUCCUCGGCGAUCCCGAAGCCGAUCUCUGUUUUUUUCCGCGCGCACGCGUGUGUGUGGAUUGUGUUCAUCUUUAACCUGCCAUCACUGUAGCCCCCCGCGUUGCGUUGGCGCUGCGGAUCUAGCCUACAAGAACAAGAGCCAGCUCACAGCCGUGGAAACAAGCGAAUCAAUUUAGGGAAGAGGAGGAAAAAAAAGAGGAGAGACUGAUAGCGAGGUUGGAAAACUGACGAUCGGAGAGGGGGAGAGAAAACAUCGACCUCACGCCGCAGACGCCGAAACAUUAAGUGAGAACCAACAGCCUCCAUCGUGACAACACUUUCACAAGCAAAUCCUCCCCUAAAUUUGAUUUCUCUUCUAAUAAUUGUCAUGGGAAGAAAAUGCAGAGUUCUCUAAAAUGAAAAAUUGAGAAAGCCCAAGUGUUUGAUUACCAAGGAACUAUGAGCAAAAGCAAAAUAAGAAUCUAUUAUUGAUAAAGUCUUUAAUAUAGCAUUGCACUUUUUCCUCAGUUUUUAAGUAGCUGCUUGAAGGAGCAAAAGAGAAUCAGAGCGUUAAAUAUGAACAUCAAGAUAAGCACCUAAAGUCGCUUGAUUGGAGGUGACCUAUCAACUUCUUAGCAAUAGGGGUAGGUCAUGACUCAGUUGCCAUGCGUGUUGUCAUGGUGACCAGCCCAGGUACCCCUUUCCCCCUCCUCUGGUUGGUCCAACUUUUGUUGUGGUUUCACAACCAUGGACCUCAGCUGACAGAGGCAGCACCCCCGUGCCCCUCCCCCUGUAUCUGCUCCAAUCAGGCAAGCCGUGUCAUCUGUACAAGGAGGAGUUUAGAUCAAAUCCCUGACAGUAUUUCAGAGAACACAAGAUACCUCAAUCUACAAGAGAACUCAAUUCAGGUGAUCAAGUCUGACACAUUUAAGCAUCUGCGACAUUUGGAAAUCCUCCAGCUCUCAAAGAACCACAUCCGACAGAUUGAGGUGGGAGCUUUUAAUGGUCUUCCUAACCUCAAUACACUGGAGCUUUUUGACAACCGUCUUACAGUGGUGCCAUCCCAAGCUUUUGAGUAUCUAAGCAAGCUAAGGGAACUAUGGCUAAGAAACAACCCAAUCGAGACGCUGCCGGCGUUUGCCUUUCAUCGUGUUCCCUCUUUACGGCGUCUUGACCUAGGGGAACUCAGGAAGCUGGAUUUCAUCUCAGAGGCUGCCUUUGAAGGUCUGAUAAACUUGCGCUUCUUGAAUCUUGGCAUGUGUGGCUUGAAGGACAUACCUAACCUCACCCCAUUAGUGCGACUAGAGGAGUUGGAGCUAUCAGGGAACCAGCUCGGGAUAGUCCGGCCUGGAUCCUUCCAGGGUCUAGUUUCACUUCGCAAACUGUGGCUAAUGCACUCCAGAGUGUCAGUCAUUGAACGCAAUGCCUUUGAUGACCUCAAAAACUUGGAGGAGCUGAACCUCUCUCACAAUUCCCUGCAUUCCCUGCCUCAUGACCUCUUCACCCCUCUGCACCAGUUGGAGAGGGUACAUCUAAACCAUAACCCUUGGGUUUGCAACUGUGAUGUUCUCUGGCUCAGCUGGUGGCUGAAAGAAACAGUUCCCAGCAACACCACUUGUUGUGCUCGCUGCCACGCGCCCCCAGGUCUAAAGGGCAAGUACAUUGGAGAACUAGACCAGAGCCACUUUACCUGCUAUGCCCCAGUGAUUGUUGAGCCACCCACUGACCUCAAUGUCACUGAAGGCAUGGCUGCUGAGCUGAAAUGUCGUACUGGAACGUCAAUGACCUCUGUGAACUGGUUCACUCCAAAUGGCACGCUGAUGACCCACGGAUCAUACCGAGUUAGGAUCUCAGUGCUCCAUGACGGAACACUGAACUUCACAAAUGUGACCAUGCAAGACACAGGACAGUACACUUGCAUGGUAACCAACUCUGCUGGAAAUACCACUGCAUCCGCCGUUCUCAAUGUAUCUGCUUCGGACCCCAGCAACACCUACAGCUAUUUCACCACCGUCACUGUGGAAACACUAGAGCCAAGAACAGACGAGGAGGAGUCUGCAAGACAGUAUAUUAACGAGACCUUCAUAGAUUUUCCUAAUCCUACUGUCCACCAACCUGGUGUUACUAUAACGCCUUCUCUCUCUUCUCUCUCCUCACUGUCUCCACGAAUCAAUAGAGCUCCUGAAAAUACAGUGACUGAGCCCCCAGAACAUGUAACUAACAUUCCAGGCCUGGAUGAUGUAAUGAAAACAACUAAGAUCAUCAUUGGUUGCUUUGUGGCCAUUACUUUCAUGGCAGCAGUAAUGUUGGUGGUCUUCUAUAAACUCCGUAAGCAACACCAGCUACACAAGCACCACGGCCCAGCCAGAGCCAUUGAAAUUGUGAAUGUAGAAGAUGAGAUCGGAGCUGGAGCAGGAAGUGGCAUCUCAGGUGGUUCGACAAUGAAUUCUGGAACAGGUGGAGAAGGAACCCUACGGAUACAUCAUCCAGAAAUAGUCAACCUUCCCAACAUUGGUCGUACCGAUACGCUAAACCAUUAUUACAAGACACAUCAUUUCAACAACAAUGUGAUGGGUCUUAGUAUUGGCACUGAAGGGAUGGGGCCAGGAGGGAUCCUGAGUAACAAGAGCCAGCAAGGUCAAGAUAUCCCUAUCUCCUGUACCUCUGUCCCGAUCUCCACAUCUAACUUGCUCACCUCAUCGGGCAAUGGCACCAACACCCUCCCCAGUUCGAUGUCCCCACCACUGCCUAUGUCUCUGCCCAUGCCUACCAUGGGCUUACAUGGAUCGAUCAAGGGUUUCAUGGGCCAAAGCCAGAAUCCACAAAUGGAACCUCUUCUUUUCAAGGGGAGUUCGAAGGAAAAUGUACAAGAGACUCAAAUCUAACAGCAAAAGUGAGAGUAUCGAGUGAGAGUGAGCGAGAGUUGACGACAGAGAGGGGAUUGAUCUUGGGUUUAUGUGCAGAAUGAUUAGACACUAGAGUGCACUGACAUUACACUAGGAAAGAGGAUAGACUGAAAAGGCAAUACACAAACACAUAGACUUAUCUGUGACAGUGUACUGAGCCAAGGAUUACCACAAUGGCCCACUUGUGUUUGUAGUAACGAUCAUGGCCAUGGAGAUCAAGGAAUGGACAUUGCUACAAUGUAAAUCUGUGCCAAAGCAAAUGUUUUUUGCAGUUUCUACAAGCUGUGUUCUCAUAGGAAAAAAAAAAAAAACUAGCCUUUCAGAGUAAUCAGUCCCCAAACCGUUGUUGGCCAGCAGAGUUGAAAGACACGCACAGCACUUGCCACACUGAAGACCAGAGAUAUUGCAGAGUAAAAUCCAAGAGACAUUUUUCUUCCUCAAAAAAAACACGAGCCACAUUCUCUCUCAAGUGACUCAAAAGACUCCCUCAAGGUGAAAAUUAUGUAGGCAUAAAUAGAUGGACAAAAGGGUACAGUGCAAACUACUGUGAAAAAUCCACAAAUUAUAUAAAUAUAUUUUCAUCUAAAUAUGUAUCAUUGCAGACUCUGAUGCAGACAUAUUUUGGGGUGGAUGUAUAAGCUGGUAUAGUUUGUUUCUUUGUGAAUAAUCAGGGGCGGCGAUAGUUGAGGUUUGUUAUGAUAUGUUUUAAGUUUGGCUACUUCUCAGAAACAUAAGGGCUCAAUUGCAACACUCAUUGUGAAUCUUUGAAUUGGCUUUGUGGCAUAAAGUCCAUUUAGGUUGUAUUACAGUAAAUGCAGAUCUCUGUUUGACAAACUUUUGUCUGUUGUUUCAGUAAUAAUCAUUACAAACUUUUGUGUUCUGAAAGUGUAUUAUGUAUUUUGUAAAAGCCAGCUUCUUGGUAUUUGAAUUGACAAUUCUGAUACUUAAAUGCCAGCAUCAAUUAAUGGUAAAAACAAACACGAACAGGUAAUCCAAUGCAAUGACCUGUAAGGGUAAAUUAAAGUGUUGACAAUGUGUUAUUUGAAUCAGAUCAGUAGCCAGAUAUUUGCUUUUAGACUGGAAUUUGAUAUGAUCUCCUUGCUCGUGGUUACCAUAAUCAUGCCAUGAAAUGCUGUCAUAAGGAUGAGUCGACAUCUAUCUGCAGCAGCUUUCAAGAAGGGAGUGAACAUCCAUCUUAAGAAGAUUGGAAUGAAAGGAAAUGUACAGUAUAUUAAUAAUAAUAAUGUCUGGUUGUAUGACAAUUGUAAGAUCCACAUUUUUAAAGUGUAACUUUCAUAUGUUAAAUGCCAUUUACGCUUCUUGCGUUUCAACUAUGUAUUUCUUUAUUUUUGUUAGUUUGAUAUAAUGUGUACAGUUGUCUAGCCAUGUAUCAUUACGUGUGAAAUAAAUCAAUCAUAUAUUGG